ACCUUUCCCCUCCCUGCCGCUAUUUCCCGUGCGCUCCAAGCAACCCUAUGGAGUCCACCGGAGUUUGGGGUGCCCACUAAGCCUGGCCGGGCCCCAGGAGCCAAGGGGAGCCCCUCUCCCCUCCCAGGCGCUCUUUCCCGCGUGGAUUCCAAGAGAGACUGGGGUGUCCUUUAAUCCCGGUCGGAGCCCAGGAGCCAAUGGGACCCCCUUUCCCCUCCGAGGCGCUAUUUCCCGCGUGCCCAAGCAACCCCAUGGAUUCCCAGGGAGACUGGAGUGCCCUCUGAGCUUAGCCGGAGCCCAGGAAUCAAUGGGACCCCCUUUCCCCUCUCAAGUGCUACUUCCCGUGAGUCCCAAGCAACCCCAUGGACUCCAAGGAAGAUUGGGGUGUCUUUUAAGCCGUGACGGAGCCCAGGAGCCAAUGGGACCUUUCCCCUCCCUGCCGCUAUUUCCUACGCGUCCCAAGCAACCCCAUGGACUCCAAGGGAGACUGGGAUGCCCUCUAAGGCUGGCCAGAGCCCGGGAACCAAUGGGACCCCCUUUCCCCUCCCUGCCGCUCCUUCCUUCCUACUCAACGGUUCCUUGCUUUCCCUAAACUUCCCUGUCGCAUCCUGGACCCCCGCGCGCCGGCUUCUUGGAGCUGCCUAGCUUUGAUUGCAGAGUUCACAGCUAGUGCAGAGGACUCUUUUAACCUUUCCUGUAAUCCUCCCUUAGCUUCCCCCCUUCUUAGCUUUCUCGUUUUUUAAACAAACCCUGGCAAGAACGGAAUGAGGAUUCUGCUGACCGUGGUGGUGAUCUUCAGGAUUCUUAUUGUGGCUAUUGUAGGAGAAACGGUUUACGACGACGAGCAGACCAUGUUUGUGUGCAACACUUUGCAGCCAGGGUGCAACCAGGCGUGUUACGACCAAGCAUUCCCUAUUUCUCACAUUAGGUACUGGGUGUUUCAGAUCAUCAUGGUGUGUACUCCCAGCCUCUGCUUCAUCACAUACUCGGUCCACCAGUCAGCCAAGCAGAGAGAGCGGAGGUAUUCCACCGUCUUCCUCACUCUGGACAGAGACCAGGACUCUAUGAAACGGGAAGACAGUAAAAAGAUCAAAAACACCAUUGUCAAUGGGGUGCUGCAAAAUACUGAGAACUCCACCAAGGAGGCAGAACCAGACUGCUUGGAAGUGAAAGAAAUCCCCAACCCAGCCAUCCGAACGACAAAGUCAAAGAUGAGGCGGCAAGAAGGCAUCUCCAGAUUUUAUAUCAUCCAGGUGGUCUUCAGAAAUGCCCUGGAGAUUGGGUUUUUGGUGGGACAAUAUUUCCUGUAUGGAUUCAAUGUCCCAUCUAUGUAUGAAUGUGAUAGGUAUCCUUGCAUUAAGGAAGUGGAAUGCUAUGUCUCGAGACCCACGGAGAAAACUGUCUUCUUAGUCUUCAUGUUUGCCGUCAGUGGCAUUUGUGUGGUGCUCAAUCUGGCAGAACUGAACCAUUUGGGCUGGAGGAAAAUCAAAAUGGCAGUGAGGGGAGUGCAAGCCAAACGGAAAUCAAUAUAUGAAAUCAGGAACAAGGACCUUCCACGAAUGAGUGUGCCUAACUUUGGCAGGACUCAGUCUAGUGAUUCCGCUUAUGUGUGAUACUGUGGACAGUACCAUAGUACUUUGCUGGGUACCGUUGACUUAGUGGACAUUUGAAUUAGGAAAGAGCAUUGCUUAAGCAAUUAUUUCCUCAAAACACCAAGAAAGCCGUUAAGGUACUGGAUCUGCACUUUCUAACCACAUGCAAACUGAGUGCUAAAUAAAAGACUGGUGAAGAAACAGCUAUACAACACCUUCAAUCUGGCCUUACUGCUCAGUUACGUUUGUCCUAAUGAUCCAACACUGUUUUGUUGAUGGACCAGCUUUAGGGCAGGGUCUGUUUGCCUAAUUGACAGAAAUGUAUCCAGAAUGUUUUAGUUUUAAAUGGCAGGGAAGCCAUUUCUCGAGGGGGAGGGCUGGGAGAGGGUUUUGCAGCAAUAUAAAAAUGCAAGCAUGUCUAUAAAAUGUGGGGUUGGAGUUAGAGGUUUGCACUAUCCAGGCAAAUGGCUACAAUGUCCACCAGUACGUCUGUGAGCUUCAUCUCAUGGAUGCCUGAUCUCACACUGUCUGCCUGUGUGACACAGGUAAUUACUGUGUAUGGUUAGCGUUUUUUCUACCGUUGUUUUUUGUACAAAAAACAAUUAUACAAAACAAUAGCGCUGAAUAUAAUUUUGCCAUGAUUUUUGGUUUUGCCUGUCUGCUCACACCAGAGACCUUAACCAUCUAGCUUAAUCAUUGUGCUAGCUGUGACCUACCAAAUUCACAAAUAAAUAGUUACAGAAAACACAGUUCCCUGCUGUGUCCGGAAGCGAGAUGAAAUGACCUAAAGUUCAGCCAAGUUAUGCAUUUAACUACAUUUUGAAACACAGACACACACACCGUAUACCAAAGGAGCAGAAUUUAUCGCUAUUAACUGUGAACAGAUUCACCGCCUCUUUGCUCUUAUUGAUGUAAGUGCCAUACUUGAAGUUAAAGCAUCUAACUAUUUAGUCAAAGGCUUAGCUAGGGGUCCCAACUUGAAAUUAUAGGUUUUUGUAUUUUCCUUUUGUUUGGAUCAAGCUAUUUUUGGUUUUGGUUUUCUCUAGUUAUUGCAAUGGUGUAAAAAAAAACAAAAACAGCUGAUAACUAUAUUGAUAAAGCAAUUGCCUUUUUAAAAAUAGAAAGUUAACUUUCUUUUAUAUAAUACACACACAUAUAUAUAUUAGUAGCAUUGCAUUGUUAUAUCAAGAUACAGUUUAUAUGGAUAUCUAUCUAAAACAUAGGGAUGAUUCUGUUAUAGCCUCUUUUGUAUUUAUAGCCUGGAUAACAUCCAAAACAUCUGGAUAGCCAUUUACAGGGUUGUUUUUUUUUUACAAUGACAUGGUGCUAUCGUAGGGCAAUGAAUUUGGAGAAUUCAGUGAUGCGGCAUGAUCCAGACAGUGCAGAUUUAACUAUUUGUGUAUAUGCAUGUGUGUGUGGAUAUCCCCUCUCUCUCUUUCUCUGCCCUCAGUUUAUUUAUUAUUUUUCAUAAUGUGAGCCCAUCGAGGACAGCAAAUUAUAUAUCUCAAGUAUAAUUUCAGUUAUCUGGCCUUUGACUAGGAUGGAUUAUGAUUCCAUUCUGUAUAUAUGUGUUCAACACAUAUCAGAUUAUGGUUACAGGAAUGUAUGUAUUCAUAUACAGAAACUCAUAAGGAUUAGCUCUAGGAAUGCAAAACAUCACUCACAUUAAUUUUAAAUACCUGGGCAAUUUAAAGUUACAGACUUUUGAUACAUUUCUAAUUUAAUUUAAAUAUUAGUUCUAUUAUGUGAUCUAAAAGCUACAUAAGGAAACAUAAGGAACCCAAAAAUCUUCUAGGUGAUAAACCACCUGACUGGCUGAGCUCCACACUGUUUCAUCUAUAGACAAUAUUCACUAUGUUGUCUAUGAGAUCAACUAAUAGUUCAGUGCAUUGCAGGAGGUGGACAUUUGAGAGGUGGGGGAAACAGUUAAAACACUCAGUGUUUUUACAUUUGCCAGCUCAGACAUCUCUACUUCUACCUUUUGUGUGUUGAAAGUGGAAAUUCCAAGAUAGAUUAUAUUGUAUGAGGGUGGGUCAAAAAGUUUUGCCUUCUGUGUCAUAAAAACACUAUGAAUGAACAUAUAAUAGCAGAAAUUGCUACAGAUUGUCACCUGAAUUGUCCUCUACUCAAAGCUACCAUUCAACAUAGUCACCAUCAAUUUGUACACAUUUGCACUAUCAUUUAACUCAGGCAUCAAAAACCUUUUGGAAAAAAACAGGGUUUUGCUUCGUGACCCAUGAUUUUAAAGCUGUUUAAGGCCCUGAUUUGGCCCCUUCAGACUUUUAUCUGUUUGGACCUCCGAAAGACAACCCACAUGGUUUCAGAUUCAAUGACCUGAAUGUCGUUAAAAUAGCUUUAAAAUCAUGAGUCGUGAAGCAAAACCCUGAAUUUUUCCAAAAUGGUUUUGAUGCCUGGGUUAAAUGAUAGUGCAGAUGUGUACAAAUUGAUGAUGACUAUAUUGAAUGGUAGUUUUAUGUAGUUUUGUUCAGGAUAUGAUCUGCAGCAGCUUCUGCUGUUAUAUGUUCAUUCAUAAUGUUUUUAUGACACAGGAGGCAAAACUUUUAAACUCACCCUUGUAUUUCAUUUGAAGACAUUUAGAAUUUCUUUCCAGACCUUCAUGUUCACAACAUAAAGACUGGGAGUGGAUGGAUAUAGCUGGGGCAUGUAAGGACAUUGGGCUGCACCCCUAGGUCACUAACAUAUAUGUGUGUUCUCAAGUGUUUAGGCUGAACACUUGAGUGGGACUUCUAGAUCAUAUUUAUCUGAAAUCUGGUACCUAUAUUACGGAGAAAGAAAUACAUGGCUCUCCCCCUUUCUUGCCUCCACAAUAAUGUGUACAGUGGGAAUAAUGUUUGCAGAUAGUUUUGCCUAUCUGUACAAAAUAUUCCCAAAACAUCUGGAUACCCCAACUGAAUUUUAGUUACAUAAUUUCAGAUUGGCAAUUUGGCCUUAAAUCACAUUUGAGUUUUAUUAAUAUUUAUAUUUGUCUAAAACCACACAAAUUAUUCCUACUCCUGUCCAGAUAAUCUCCUUACCUUGAAUGCAUAUUGACAUUGAUACCUGAAUGCAGAAGAGAUCACAUCAUUGCUUCCAAUGGGAUGCACAUUUUGGCAGAUAUCCAAAGGUGCACCCACACUCUGGUGCAAAUAGUUUUAUGUAAUGACACACAAUGACUAUUAUUAUUAUAAUUGUCAUUCAUACAUAAUUUUCCUGAAAGGUUUAAGGCAACAUGAACUAGAUUGGGGAGCCGAGAUAGCAGUGAAGGGUCAUACAGUACAAAGACCAAGACACACAAGCUUUGAAUACAGGUAAUCCAUAAUUAAAGGAUGGGAAAAAUUCCACUAAGUUUACGUUAUGAUUGUUGCUGGAAAUGAGACUGUCUGUUAUAAAAUGGUCUCCAGUGUUGGGUUAACAUGGUUAUGUGCUUGCCUUUUUAAAUAGACAAGCUUCUGUGUUCCAUUUGCAUUUAUUUUGGUGUACAGUUCGAUAAUUUUGGAAAAGAAAAUGCAUCAAUCACUGUAUUAUGACUUACACUUGUGAAAUUUGAUCCUGAUUCUAUUUCAAUCAUGGAAGUACUGGGAAAAUUCAAGGCAUGCCACUUAGAGUUGUUUAUUGCAGGCAGCUUUUUACAUCAAACAAGGAGCUCUUAAUGAACUGUUAUUGUGUGAUUGCAUUUGGAAAAUGGCCAUAAGCAUCUCACUUAAAUGUCAAUUAGGCUUAGAUGGGAGCAAUACGUGAUGGACGGACUGUUAUCCCUAAAAUCAAAAAUAUAAUUUAUGUGAUGUAGCAUCAAGCUGGUUCACACAUAGCCUGUAAGUCUCUUAUUAUGCUUUAUUGUACACCUGAAAACUGGCCACACCUUGCCUUUAGUAAAAAGUAUGGUGUUCUAAGGGUGUGUGUGCAGUGUUACUCACACUAGUGAGGUUUUCACACAUGCAAUCCAUCAUUUAAUAUUCUGACCCGAAAGCAAUGAAUAUACAUUUGUAUCACCAGUUCAUUUACUCCUUUAGGUGAUCCUGUGUCACUGUGAUAUAGCUGUGUUAAGAUUCAGGAUCUUGGUUGCGUGCAUUAUUUCUCAUUUACAAUGGACAAACUGAGGUCACAGUAAUACAGGGGGCAAAGAAAUUUUUUUAGAAGGGUCGAGGAACUACAGAUUCCUUUCACAUUUCUACUCUUGCAAGGCAUCCUUGCCAAAUUCUCUGGAUAUCCAUAUCUCACAGCAUCUCCUGUGCUUCAUCACCCAGUUUUCCAGACAGGAAAUACAAUAUUUAUAAAAUUUAAAUAUAUUCUAUAUAUUUCAUCAAAAUAGAUAAAACGGAUCUCAGGGUGACUUAUCACACUAAAACCAAUCAAACAGUUUAAAAUAAUAAAAAGAAUUUAAACAAGCUGAAAGUAUUUUAAAUGUAAUUAUGAGUUACAACAGAUGUAAAAGACUGAAAUGAUUUAAAAACUCUGUACAUCAAUAUUUGGGAUUAAUUAAUGAGACUUUGAGGAACAGGCAAGUUUUCACUUGAUGCCUAAAUGAAAUGAGUGUUGGCACCAGUUGAACAUCCAAAGGCUCCACUGUUAGAUGGUCCUCUCCCAUGUCCCUUGUCCCACCACAGUAUAUUGACCUCACUGAUGGGACAGAGAGGAUGCCUCUCCUAGCAGACCACAAUCCCAUUGGACAGGAACAUAUAGGAAGAAAUGCUCCAUCACAUAUUAAAGUCCUAAGUUAUUUAGGGAUCUAAAUGUCACAAGAACCUUGAAUUCAGACCAGAAAUGUAUUUUGAGGUGUAUAGUGGGCAAGGAGUACUAGGGAAGCACUAUUGUACAAGGAGGGCUCCUCUCAUCUCUGGAGUUAGUCCUUUAACAUGCAUCAAAAUGAAUGUUUUAUAAUUGAUUAUCAAUCCAUGUCACCAUUUAAAAAUAUUUGUUGUCCCUCCCAACAUAUUCCUGCUAUCCCCAAUGUAUUCCAAUUAUCCAGUAAUAAGUAACUGCAGAGCAUGAAUGUUAUUUUUAGAAGGCAAAACAUGGCAGCUAAAAAUUUCCAUCUGUAAUAUAACAAGCUCCUAAAGAUUAUUUUUUUAUAUAGGAAAAAUAUUCUCAGCAAAUCUGAUUUUCAUUUUAUACACUACUGAAAUAAUCUUUAACCGCUAAUUUAAAUAGAAAUUAUAUUAUUGGUAAUAUCAGUAAUAGUAGUAUUAGUAGUAGGAUUAGCAACAGUAGGCACAGUAAUAGUGGUAGUAGCAGUAAGUAACAAACAACUAUAAUGCACAAUAAGCAAUAGGCUAUAUACUCAGUGAAAUCAAUGGCAAAAUAAUACCUCUGGAUUUCAUUAGUUCUGGGUCAUACUCAGCAUUAUUAACAUUGUACAGAUUCCAUAGUAUUAGAUCCCUAUCAUAGUUUCCCAUUAGUAUAUGUAUGGGGAAAAAUGAUGAAGGCAUGCCUUGAAACCUAUCAGAUGAUAUAUUCCAAUGCUUUUAGUGAAAAGCACAAAAAUGGUACUCAAAAAAGCAAUACUGGUGAUUUUCCCCAUUGCCACGACAGCAGCUUUUAUAUAGGUAAUGCACAACUUGUUUACUAGACUGGAAACAUGCAAAUGGAUGGGAAUAAAGUGGAAUAUUAACUUCAGCCAACUGUGCAGAUGUGUUUGCAUGCAUGGAAUACUACAGCAUUGUUAAUACACGGAAAUCCUUAACCCCAUAGGUUUUAUUGGAAACUCAAAUAAAUGUAUUUAUAAAUGACAA